UCAGUUCGGAAUCAAACGCGAGCCGAGUCGCAAUCGCAACUUUGCCGCCGCGCAGCGCACGCUGUUUUUUUUUCAGUGUGUACGUUUUGAUUGCAAAAAGAAAUAAGCAAACGCAAGCUGCCCGCAAUGAUAAUAAUGUGAGUUGGCCCGCCGAAAGUUGGUCAUAGACGACGUGCCGCCACCCCACGCCAAUCACCCCCCUCGCCACAAAAAACAAAAAAAAAACGUCGGACGACAGCCGCGUCGCGCCUUCACAUCAUCCAGCCAUGACCAGCGGCGGCAAUCGAUGAUUGCCAUUCCCUCAGCCAACGAGAGCCAAUAGAGGCAGCCGGAAAGGAGGACGCCGGAAUAGUCAGUCGGUACCGUCGGAAGAGUGCGCCAUUCGCAGAACGUCAAUAGCCGGAGGGGAGUCCGCCAUUUCAACGACAAGGACCCAAGUCACGCGGUGUCAACAUGCUGAUCAAGGAGUACCGCAUUCCGCUGCCCCUCACCGUCGAGGAGUACCGCAUCGCCCAGCUCUACAUGAUUGCGAAAAAGAGUCGCGAGGAGAGCCAUGGCGAGGGCAGUGGCGUUGAGAUAAUCAUCAAUGAGCCGUACAAGGAUGGACCCGGCGGUAAUGGUCAAUACACAAAGAAGAUCUAUCACGUGGGCAAUCAUCUGCCUGGCUGGAUUAAAAGUCUCUUGCCGAAAAGCGCUUUAACCGUGGAGGAGGAGGCAUGGAAUGCCUAUCCGUAUACCAGGACUCGCUACACCUGUCCGUUUGUGGAGAAAUUCUCGCUGGAUAUUGAGACAUACUAUUAUCCGGACAAUGGCUAUCAGGACAAUGUCUUCCAGCUGUCCGGAAGCGAUUUGCGUAAUCGUAUCGUAGACGUAAUUGACAUUGUCAAGGAUCAGCUGUGGGGCGGUGACUAUGUGAAGGAGGAGGAUCCCAAGCACUUUGUGUCGGACAAGACGGGCCGUGGACCCUUGGCCGAGGAUUGGCUGGAGGAGUAUUGGCGCGAAGUGAAGGGCAAAAAGCAACCGACACCGCGCAACAUGUCCCUGAUGACCGCCUACAAGAUCUGCCGCGUGGAGUUCCGCUACUGGGGCAUGCAGACAAAGCUGGAGAAGUUCAUCCACGAUGUGGCGCUGCGCAAGAUGAUGCUGCGGGCCCAUCGGCAGGCGUGGGCAUGGCAGGACGAGUGGUUCGGCUUGACCAUCGAGGAUAUACGCGAGCUGGAGCGACAGACGCAACUGGCGCUGGCCAAGAAAAUGGGCGGCGGCGAGGAGUGCAGCGACGACAGCGUCUCGGAGCCGUACGUCAGCACGGCGGCCACCGCCGCCUCCACAACGGGCAGCGAGCGAAAGAAGUCCGCUCCGGCUGUGCCGCCUAUUGUCACCCAGCAGCCGCCGAGCGCCGAGGCCAGUUCGGAUGAGGAGGGCGAGGAGGAGGAGGAUGACGACGAGGACGAGAACGAUGCCAUUGGCACGGGCGUGGAUCUGUCAGCCAACCAAGGCGGAUCCGCGCAGCGCUCGCGCUCCCAAAGUAUUCAGAUGGCCCAGAAGGGCAAGUUCGGGUCAAAGGGUGCCCUUCACUCGCCGGUGGGAUCUGCCCAUAGCUUCGAUCUCCAGUCCAAAAAGCCGCAUGCAAAGACAGCGCCACGCAGACAUGUGGCUAACUGGCGUAUGGAGCGAUUGGAAGUGGACUCCAAAUCCAAUUCGGAUGAGGAAUUCUUUGAUUGCCUGGACACCAAUGAGACGAACUCGCUGGCCAAGUGGAGCUCGCUGGAGCUGCUUGGCGAGGGCGACGACAGUCCGCCGCCACAUGGCGGACCCUCUAGUGCAGCAUCGGUGGGUGGGCGUGGCAACUCGCGGCAAGAGGACAGCAUAUUCAAUCAGGACUUUCUGAUGCGCGUGGCCUCGGAGCGCGGCAACAAGCGGCAGUUACGUUCCUCGGCCAGCGUGGAUCGCAGUCACGAUUCAUCGCCGCCGGGAUCGCCGAGUACACCGUCGUGUCCCACAACCAUUCUGAUCCUGGUUGUCCAUGCGGGCAGCGUUUUGGAUGCGGCCAGCGAGCUGACCGCCAAGAAAUCCGAUGUGACCACAUUCCGUGGCUCCUUCGAGGCGGUUAUGCGACAGCACUAUCCCAGCCUCCUCACCCAUGUGACCAUCAAGAUGGUGCCGUGCCCCUCAAUAUGCACCGACGCCCUGGGCAUUCUCUCCAGCCUGAGUCCGUACUCCUUUGAUGCGUCGCCCUCGGCGGCGGAUAUACCGAAUAUAGCCGAUGUCCCCAUUGGAGCUAUACCACUACUAUCUGUGGCAUCGCCAGAAUUCCACGAGACGGUCAACAAGACGGUUGCCGCUGCCAAUAUUGUCUACCAUGAGUUUUUGAAAUCGGAGGAGGGUCACGGAUUCUCCGGCCAGAUUGUCAUGCUGGGCGAUUCGAUGGGUUCGCUGCUGGCGUACGAGGCUCUCUGCCGAUCGAAUGGCAGCCAGCCGGGCACGGCUUCGGGUGCCUCGAAUUCCGGCGGAGAUGCGGCCACAAAUAUAAAUACCCACAAUCCGUUGAGCCCACGUAAUUCGCGAUUGGACGAUGACGAGCGUUUCAUCGAAGCCGAUCUGGAUGCCAAGCGUUUGCUGGUUGCCCCAUCGCCACGUAGACGCCGUUCCAGCUCAUCCAGCGAUUCGCGUGCCACCAAAUUGGACUUUGAGGUCUGUGACUUCUUCAUGUUCGGAUCGCCGCUAUCUGUGGUGCUGGCUGCAAGGAAACUUCACGAUGCCAAGGCCGCCCUGCCGCGGCCCAACUGCCACCAGGUCUACAAUCUGUUCCAUCCAACCGAUCCGAUCGCCUCGCGCCUGGAGCCGCUUCUGAGCGCCCGGUUUUCUAUAUUGGCGCCAGUCAAUGUCCCACGGUACGCCAAGUAUCCGCUGGGUAAUGGACAGCCAUUGCAUUUAUUGGAGGUCAUUCAAUCGCAUCCGCAGCACUUUAACGAUGGCAAUAACCUAUUGGCUGGUCGCCGUUUGUCGGACGCAUCCAUGCAGAGCACGAUAUCGGGUCUGAUUGAGAAUGUCUCGCUUAGUACGAUCCAUGCCCUGCAAAACAAAUGGUGGGGCACAAAGCGCUUGGAUUACGCAUUAUAUUGCCCGGAGGGAUUGAGUAAUUUCCCUGCUCACGCCUUGCCGCACCUCUUCCAUGCCAGCUACUGGGAGAGUCCGGAUGUGAUUGCCUUUAUUCUACGGCAGAUUGGCAAAUUCGAGGGCAUACCCUUUGUGGGCUCAAACGAUGACAAGGACAAUGCCUCCUUCCAUCCCGGACAGCCGAGGGAGAAGUGGAUUAAGAAACGGACCUCGGUUAAGCUGAAAAAUGUAGCCGCCAAUCAUCGGGCCAACGAUGUAAUCGUGCAGGAGGGCAGGGAGCAGCGAUUGAAUGCGAGAUUUAUGUACGGACCCCUGGACAUGAUCACGCUGCACGGUGAAAAGGUGGAUGUGCACAUUAUGAAGGAUCCGCCGGCGGGCGAGUGGACAUUCCUCAGCACCGAGGUGACGGACAAGAAUGGACGCAUUUCGUACAGCAUUCCGGAUCAGGUAUCCCUUGGCUAUGGUAUAUAUCCGGUUAAGAUGGUGGUCCGUGGCGAUCACACCUCGGUGGAUUGCUAUAUGGCGGUGGUGCCGCCGUUAACCGAAUGCGUGGUCUUCAGCAUUGAUGGCUCCUUCACCGCUUCGAUGUCGGUGACGGGUAGGGAUCCCAAGGUGCGUGCCGGAGCUGUCGAUGUUUGCCGCCACUGGCAGGAGCUGGGCUACCUGCUCAUCUACAUCACCGGACGACCGGAUAUGCAGCAGCAACGCGUGGUGUCCUGGCUGAGCCAGCACAACUUCCCGCACGGCCUGAUCUCGUUCGCCGACGGCCUGUCCACCGAUCCAUUGGGCCACAAGACGGCCUAUCUCAACAAUUUGGUUCAGAACCAUGGAAUCUCAAUUACUGCCGCCUACGGCAGCAGCAAGGACAUUAGUGUCUACACGAAUGUUGGCAUGCGAACCGAUCAAAUCUUCAUCGUGGGCAAGGUUGGCAAGAAGCUGCAGUCGAAUGCCACCGUGCUUAGCGAUGGCUAUGCCGCCCACUUGGCCGGUUUGCAGGCUGUGGGUGGUUCGCGUCCGGCGAAGGGCAAUGCCCGCAUGGUCAUUCCACGCGGAUGCUUCAAUCUUCCCGGCCAGACCGCAAAUCCGCGGCGCAGAAGCAACGAGACAGGACUCUCAUCACCCAUACGCAGUGGUUACCUGAAGCGCAAGACCUACCUGAGCCACCACUAGAGCAGCAGCAGAGAUGCAGAUACAGCUAUGCAGCUAUAUAGAUCGAUCCAUCAGAUAGAAGUGAAACCACAGUCCUCAGAACCCCAAAAUAGAACUCCUUUCGACAUAGCGAAAAAAAAAACAUAUAUAUUAGAGCCAAUGGACAACAAGACCGAUGCCUCCAUAUGCCACAUCUGUGUAUAUACCAUAUAAAUAUAUAUUUAUAUACUAUGCGCGAUAUAUUGAAAGUUUAAUGGUGUAAUAUAUACAUAUAUAUAUAUCAAAUACCAAAAUUUGCAAAUGAGAAAAAAAAAAACAAUUGUACAACAUUUAACAAAAGUCAAAUGUGUCACGCGGUACCUGGAAAGAAAGACUGUUUCCUCCUGUUGUUUGAUGGUUUUCCAAACCACUUAAAACAAACAAAAAAAAAAACAUUGAAACUACACGAAACAACAGCCGAUCGCAAAGCUAUAUACUAAAUACAAUUAUAAAUGAUAUAUACAGAGAUAUAUUCGAAAUAUAGAACCGUUUAACAUAUGCAAGCGAACCAAGUUCAACCAACCAAGUGAGAGGUACAACAAACGAAGGACAAACUCUACUGAAACCGAAGAUCUCCCAAUGAUUAUAGAUACAACUUGAUGAGGAGCGAGGAGCGCGAAUGGAGUUGCAAAUCAAAAAAAGGCAAAUUUAAUGCAUUUCUCGAGAAACAACCACUACAAAAGUAUAAAUUAACGGCUUCCGUAAACCGAAUUAAAACCUAAAAGUAGAUAUAUGUAUCUAUGUGUAUGUGCGUGUAAAAUUGACAAAAAUACAAAUAAUCGGUUCUUAAGAAAAAAAAAACAAACGAAAAGGCAAAAACUUCAUGAAAUUGAAUACAAUCUCUUAACUGGCCCCAGAAAUUUCAAAUCUCCAUAAUUGUGAUAGUCUUUCGCUACCAAAAGUUAUUUAAAAAGAUGAUGAAACAGCAAAAAAUAUAUAUUUAUCUCUACUAAAAUUGUUAUUCGAAAAGAAAAGACAUUUCGGAAUGAAACAAAAAAAAAAAACCGAAACUAUUGGAUAUUGUGUAAACGUAAAACCCGAUUUUGUGAUACCAAAACUAAAAAAGGAAACCAAAAAAACCAAAGUUGAGUUCGAAUUGAGGCGCGAUCAAGCCGAAAACUUAAAAACCUAUACAAACAACUCAAGGCGACCUGAAGAUUAACGGGCAUUGAAUCUGACCCAUAUAGUAAUACAUAUAUAAUAUAUAUAUACAUCUCUAGGGUAUAUAUAAUACCACUAUGUAUGCAAAAACCCCAAAUUAUGGGCUGUCCACGCAAGUUAACUACAAAACUCUCACACAUCUUGUAAGCUAAAGAAAACGCUAACCAAAAUUGAAGGUACACUUGGGACCUUAAGAAUAAAAAAGAUAUAUAGAUGUAUAUAUGUAAUAUAUACAUAAUAUAUAUAAUAUAUAUAUAUAUGUAUAUGUCAGCUGUAAUCUGUUCGAUCCGUUUAGGUUUACCUAAGCCAAAGUUAGUUGAGUUAAGCGAUUAAGAUACUUCCUAAACUGAAAAGUAAAUGCAAGUUAAAGAGUUUAAACCGAUAGUUGUAAUGAGAGUCGAGUAAUAUAUAUAUAUAUAUACCUAAAGCAUAUACUGUAUAUUUAUAUAGCGCAACUACCAAUUAAGGUCUUUUUGAAGCUUGCUAACUGAAAAAGUGUUCCGAUUAAAGUAUUGUCCGGCUAUACGUUCCUCUAUUCUCCACUUCAGUCGAUUUUUAGCUGUAUUUCAAUUUUAAUUAUCCUUUGUAGCAAGUAUUAAACUUUAAACUGAUGGAAGAUCUUAUAGAGUUUAAGAUGAAUCUCGACCUAUGAAAUGUUUAUCCUAUAUAAGUGAGUAGUUCAAGAUUUAAGGAUGAGGUAAAACGAUAUUUAGACGCAAGUCUCCUAUUAAAUAACACACCAGAUACUCAUAGAGGUCAAAAAGGGUUUAUGUCUGUCUACGUAGCUGGUACAUUAAGGGCAUUUUUGCUAUACAUUUUCUAUAAGUCCACGCCGACUUUCCUUUCCAACUUAGAUCUAAUUGUAAAUGAAUAAUGCGUUCAACUUCUCAGAAUAGCAAAAUUGAGCUUAUCUUAUGUGUUUCAAACUGCUCCAUAUCACUUUUAGUUUUGCGAGAGAUAAUCGUUAUUUGUUUCGAAAAUUGGAAUUAUCUGUUAGUUUCGUGUUGUGUUUAAUAUAAACUCCCCACCUAAAGCAGAAAUAUGCUGCGGAAAUAGAACUGGAAAACUAAAACGUAUUCAAAUUUCACACACAAUGGCAUUUUAGUGCUUGCUCUAAGUGUUUCUAAUAUUUCAUAUCUUGAUUUAUCUUUGCAAUUUAUAGACAUCUAUGUAACUAGACCUUUUCACUCCUUUAUCGCAAUAAGAAAUCCCCAAAGCCAAUAAAGCGUCGAGCGAAAUUGCAUUGAUAUUUUGAGAACCCACCAUUUAGAUGAUAAGCUAAAAACCCCGAAAUACAAAACGACGAUGACUAAUGCAGAAAAUAAUAAUCAAAGAAUAAAACAUUGAAAACAAUAUUAACGUACAUAAGAAAAUACAUACAUAUGGUUAUGUAUUUUAAUUACGAGUCUUAAGUGCAAAAGUCCAGGAAUAACGAAUACACGCAUUCAGUAUGUAAAAAAUUCUAAGAAGAGCGAACAAACUAUGAAAUUAUUUAUUGACAAAAAAAAUCUACAAACCGAUGAACAAAACAAAUAAAAAAGAUGAGGAGCAAGCCAAAUGCAAUCUAUUUACAAAAUCCUAAAAAUAAAAGCAAAGCAAGAAUUACAAACCAAAACAAAUUAAGCUGAGCUGAUUCCACGAAAAUGGAUAUAUAUAUAUAUAGAUAUAUAAUGUAAACCUACCCAAAAUUAAGAGAUUUUUAAGCCAACAGUUGAAAUUGAAAUAUGACAAAUAACAAGAGUAAACCAAUUGAAAUGUGGCAGUAACAAAUAUUUUUCGAUGUAAGCUGUUUGUUAGAAAAAUAUCGAGUUUCGGUGAAUAGAAGAGUGGCUACAAAACCAGUCAAUCAAUUCACAGAAAAUCGAUAAGAGAAGCGGUUGGUUCAUGACAAGAUAACAAAAAAAAAACUGAAAAUACAAAACAAAUGUUCUAUUUGAUGUUGCAAAUGAGAAAAAUAAAUAAAACAUGU